AUGUUCUUUCUCUUAGAAACUCAUGUGAGUGGCGCUCGAGGCAACCAAAUUAGGGGCAAGAUUGGCUUUGACAGGUCCUUUCUAGUGGAUGCAGUGGGUCAUGCUGGCGGAAUAUGGUGUCUCUGGGAUUCUUCUGUUUGGAGUGUGGAUGUGCUAGAGCAUGAUAAACAGUUCGUACACCUAAAAGUCUCUAGUAAUAACUCCAAUCCUUGGCUUAUUACUGCUAUUUAUGGUAGCCCCCAGUGGGCAACAAGAAGAACAUUAUGCCAAUCUCUUAAAUUAUAUGCUGCUAACGUUAACCUCCCCUGGUGUCUGGUGGGUGACUUUAAUGCUAUGUUACACAACCAUAAGAAAAGUGGUGGAGCGCUGAGUAACAAUCAUUGUGCAUGUAAAGAGUUUCAGGAGUGUGUUGUAGCUUGUGGCCUGAUUGAUUUCGGGUUUGCGGCAUGGCCAUACACUUGGAAGAGGGGCAAUCUUGUUGAGAGCGAGCAGAAUAGAGGAAGAAGGCUGUUCCGCUUCCUUGCGGCAUGGAUCACGCACCCUGACUUUGGAAAUGCUGUUGGUGCGUCUUGGAAUAAUCAGGGCUCUUGGGCUGAAGGCAUAGUAAACUUUAAUAAUAGGAUCAAGGAGUGGAACAAGUCGUUAUUCAGUGACAUCUUCAGACGAAAGCAUAGAAUUCUCAGAAGACUCCAAGGAUUUAACUCUAGUUUGGGGCACUCUCAUAACUCCUAUCUUGAUAAGCUUCAAAAAGAGCUGUGGGUGGAGUAUGAACAGAUUCUCCUUCAAGAAGAAUUUCUCUGGUUCCAAAAAGCUAGAAGUAAGUGGAUCAAUUUUGGGGAUCGUAACACUAAAUUCUUCCAUGGCUCCACUAUGGUUAGAAGAUGCAGAAACAAAAUAGUUUCCCUCCAGAAUGACACCAGUGACUGGAUAACUGAGAAGGUUACGCUUGAACAUAUGGCCACUUCCUUUUUCUAUAAUCUCUACACAGACAACACAAACCAUACUCCCUUUAUUCUGAAGAACAUGUUUCCUACUAUGAAUAGCUCAGACAACAACAGCUUAGGACGUAACGUGACAGAUGAGGAGAUCAAGGAUGCGAUGUUCAACAUUGGUAGUUGGAAGGCCCCCGGCAAAGACGGACUUCAAGCUAUCUUCUACCAAAGUGAGUGGAACAAAACUGGCAGUGACGUAUGCAAUCUGACUAAAAACAUUUUUCAGCACCCGGAUAAGGUUGAAGAGGAGGUUGAGAAGUGUCAUGAACAAGUUGGUUAUGCCUAA